AUAUUUUGUCGAGAAUACUUUGCUUCCACCUGGUGUCAUGUUUGUUAUGAAUUGCGAUUCCCUUUACACUUCCGCUGCCGUAUUUUUAAGAUAUAUCGUGGCUCGUUUCUGAGUCUUUGUGUCGCUCGAACAAGAACUUUUGUGAAUUUUUUUGCGUAGCGUGAGUGUUUGUUUGGAGAUUCUCGUCAAGGGUUACGAGGUUGUGAGAGUUUUUUUUUUUUUUUUUUUGUUGGAGGUCUUUGAACGUGGUGUUUUGGUGUGCGUCGCAGCGAUUAGAGUUCCCGUAGACGUGCUCUCUUGAAUGAGCCUUGUGUCGUUGUUUUCCGUUUUGUGAGGUGUUAGGAAUUCUGGUUGGAUGGUUGAUUUUCUUGGGGUUUUGAGCGAUCUAGAUGUUCGCGUCGUGCGGGAGGAGAUCGGGUUUGUUUGACAAGAGAAGUGUGAGUAGUGCGACACAUUCACCAUAGGACGUCACCGACUGUGAAGGAGUUGUAUACUGUUGAGGGCACUGGAGACGUAUUUAUCAUGGCUUUGGUAGCUGUAAAAGAUGGAAACGAUGAUGCUGUUUGCCGACGGGGUCAUAGUUCGAUGUUGGUGGUGAGCGAGAAGCGUGUGUAGGUCUGGAGCGAGUAGAUACCUGGAGGCGAGGCUGGAUAUAGGAAACAAGCAUCCAUGGCUUGUACUGAGUUUUGAUGCAUUCGGGCAGCUGGGUAACGGGCUCAGUCAAGAUCGAUUUACGUGCGUCUGCGUUUCUCUUCCACAAGUACACUGUGUGUGCGGCGGCUCUUGUAAGGAGGGAGAUUCCAGGUGGUUUACUCUCUUGCAGAUUGCCUUGCAGAAUCGGUAAUCGUGAUCAUUGCUGAUGGACUUUGGUAUUCAAAACUCAAAUCAACUGUGUAGCUGGAACCAAGACUUAAACCGAAUCUCAGAACUCCAUGGCCUCUACAUGCACUUGUCGCGUUGAGUCUGGAAGUGCUUGUGCUGCGGGGUGCUUGCAUUUGUCGAUCGUAUCAUUUAAUGUGGUUAGCGGUUUUGAGGGGAAACACACCCAAGCGAAGAGGACCACAGAACAACCAAAGCGCCUCAUUCCUGUCAUUCCUGCCCAUGGAUUCUAAUGGCCACAACGAAGGCGAGAACGGAGAACAGGCACUAUUGGGAGGACCACCGGACAUUAAUCUACCAUUGUCAAUCGAGAUUUGCUCAGACCCUUGGGGUCUAAAGCCCUCGGACUUGCUGCAUAGUAGCUUGGCUCCAGCUCAAAAUCUUGAUUUGGGAAAUUCUACAUCUUGCAAAGGACGGCGGUGGGUGCGACGUGGUGAUACCAUCUGGGGAGCUUGGUUCUUUUUCAACCACUAUUUCAGACCUGCACUUAACGAUGAACGUCUGAGCAAGCUUCAACGGGAGGGCAUUCUGGCUGCCCCCGUGGAUAAAUCUGAUCUGCGACUUGACCUUUUCCUAGUGCAACAUGACAUGGAAAAUAUGUACAUGUGGGCUUUCAAGGAGAGACCUGAGAAUGCCCUAGGGAAGAUGCAGCUUCGAAGCUACAUGAAUGGUCAUGCAAGAUUUGGUGAACCACAGUUUCCUUUCAGUGCAGACAAAGGAUUUGCCAGAUCUCAUCGAAUGCAGAGGAAGCAUUACAGAGGCUUAUCGAACCCUCAGUGUGUGCAUGGUGUUGAGGUUGUCAGAGCUCCAAACCUGUCUAAUGUCAGUGAGGAAGAUUUAAAACGGUGGACGGAAUUGACGGGUAGAGAGAUGAACUUUGUAAUACCUCCAGACGCCGAAGGUUUUUCUGAGUGGCGAAGCCUUCCGAACACCGACUUCGAUUUAGAGCGUACAUUGUCUCCUUCUCAAAGCAAACCUCCGAAUGGAUAUUCCAAGAAGCAUGCAUCAACACGAUCGGGACGAAUGAAUGAGGGUAAUGUAAGUGCUGCUAGUCAGUUGCCAAGUCCUGCUAGCAGUGGCAGUCGAAGCUUGAGUCCAGGAGGGAAGAGAAAGAAGUCUAAUUCCAUUCAUCCUACUGGGCUCUUACCCUACGGCAAUGAAGCCGAUUCGUGUGUGCCAGUAGUCAGCUAUGCUGGUCCAGAAAACUUUCAUCCAGGAACGGAACCAUGGUGGCUCUCAAGCUUCUCAGGAGUGAUGACUGAACCUUGUGGACCAGUUACAGGAUCCAAGACUAUCUACGAGGAUGAGAAAGGUUAUCUUGUCAUGGUAAGCUUGCCUUUUAUAGAUUUGCAAAGGCUGAGGGUUUCUUGGCGAAACACUGCAACAAAUGGCAUUUUAAAGAUUCAUUGCACCAGCACAGCCAGGACUCCAACAGUGGUGAGGGGAGACAGGACCUUUAAGCUAACUGACCCGAAUCCAGAACAUUGUCCAGCAGGGGAUUUUGUGCGGGAGAUCGGACUAGCUACAAGAAUCCCUGAAGAUGCAGAGCUGAAGGCCUUUUAUGCGGAGGGAUGCGCUGGCCUAGAGAUACUGGUCCCAAAGCAUAGUGUAGUCUCGGAGGAGAGAGAAGUUCGGGUUUUCUUGCCACCUCAAAUGAAUCAGACUGAAGCACUCCAGCUGUGAACACCGUGUUGCAAGUUGGCGAACAACACUGUUUUCAAUCUUUACUGCAGAAGUUGUAAAUUGUCAUUUUUAUGUCGCUAAGUGAUUCUUAUGUUCUGAUUUUAUAUUUCUGAGUGAUACUUAUGUCCCUCUAUACUUCAUCAGAGUUCCUCUUAUUUAGUAUAAGAAAGACUUCGAAACUGAAGGUUGAAAGUGAUUGUUUAUUUCUCUUAUUAAUUCAUGUCUUGUGGUGCACGUUUAUUGUUGACUAGUUCA